ACAGUUUGUGGCUGGGGUGAUGGGGGUCUUUGAUGAUGGAUUUUAACUGGGUUUGAAAUCAGAUUGUUAUCUAAAAACCUCCAGCAUUGUUAGUGAGAUCUGUCUUUGUGUAUAUUCUGCAGAGAAAGGCUAUAGUGUCAAAGGUGAGGCCAACCAAAUGUGCCAGAUUACGCAAUGCAAACCCCAUAAUCUCCUCACUGGUGAUUGAGAGAUGUUGGAUUAAAGGAGGGAGUUAGUUGGAGAACCCGGGAAAGCCCGUCAAAGAACGUGGCUGUUAGAGAUUACUGGGCAAAGGAUUGUUUAACGACCCAAAUACUCUGUCUGCUGCAGCUGGACAAGAUGCAAAGAAACCACGCGUAAAAUAUAGUAUUCUUUAUCAUGUUGUUGUACCAGAAGUGAGAUUACACUCGUUUCUCGUCCCCUUUUUUUAUUCAUAAAAAUAGACCAACCUCUUUCAGUGGUUUGAGGACUGGCUUACUUCGAAAAAUUGUUUGCAUUUCUUUCAGAUACUUACAGUAAAGUAUUUUUAAACUACCACCACUCUGACUGAUGGAGCUAUAAACCUCAGGAGGUAAACACAGUCAGGAGGCAGAUGCUUUGUUCCUCAGGAAUUUGCAGCAGCAACUUACUCACUGUGUUCAAAAAGUGUUUGAUGAUGUGUUCUCACCCUCGUUUAAGGAGUUUUAUACUCCUACAAGUUGAAGGGAGGAUCACCGCAACAUAUUAUGUGUCUAAGAGCUUAAGUAUUUGUGCUUUUUUCAUCUUGUUUAAUAUGUAUGGAGGGACACUCCCUUCCCGCCAAAUAUGCUUUUAUGUAUAAAAAUGAAACUGAUUCUGCCUCUGACUGAUGCACAUGUGUGUGUGAAUCUCUGAAGGAGGGGAACAUGAAGGCUGAUCUGGAGGCUUCUCUGCCUUCUGGGCCGGAGGAUUUUGCGAUCCAGUGUCGAGAUGUGGGUCGGUCGUACGGCAAGAUGAAGGUCCUCAACAACCUGAACCUGACCGUGCCACAGGGACAAAUUUAUGGUCUUUUGGGCCCCAGUGGGUGUGGGAAAACCACACUACUGAAAUGCAUCGUGGGAACUUUGAAGAUCUCACGGGGUCACAUCAGCGUUUUGGGGAAGCCUCCUGCGUUCCCUGGUCAUCACGUGCCAGGCAGGAUGGUCGGGUACAUGCCGCAGGAGCUGGCGUUGUACAGCGAGUUCACCAUCAGUGACACUCUCAGUUUCUUCGGCCGAAUCCACGGCCUGACGUCGAAGGAAACCAAGGCUCGCACGGAUUUCCUCAUCGACUUCCUGGAUCUACCUCAGAAGCACAGCCUGGUCCGAAACCUCAGUGGCGGUCAGAAGCGAAGGGUGUCUCUGGGUGCGGCGCUGCUUCAGAACCCUGAGCUGCUCAUUCUGGACGAACCCACCGUGGGAGUGGACCCUGUGCUCAGGGCGAAGAUCUGGCAGCAUCUGGUGGAGAUUGUGAAGACGGGGAAAGUCUCUGUCAUCAUCACCACACACUACAUCGAGGAGGCCAGGCAAGCCAAUGUGGUGGGUCUCAUGAGGAACGGCCGUCUGCUGGCUGAAGGAACUCCAGACGCCGUCAUGAAGAUGCACAACGCCGCAACGCUGGAGCACGCCUUCCUGCGUCUGUGUGAGACGUCGGAUCAGAUGGGCUCUAAGCGGGGGGACAGUCCAGAGGGGGGGGCACUGGAGAACAGCCAAUCAUUCGAGAGCAGACCAGAAGAGAGUCUGCCGAUUCUCGCCGUCGGACCGGGAACCCCAGAGGAACUUCCGAAAUAUUCAGCGGACUGGAAGGUGCAAGCCAGACACGUUAUGCCCAAGUGGAGAAACAUCGCCGCCCUGAUGAUCAAAACAAUGGUGCGGAUGAAGAGAAUGCCGGGCUCGUUGUGUUUCCAGUUCCUGCUGCCCGUCAUCCAGGUGUCUCUGAUCUGUGUUUGCAUCGGAGCUGACCCAAAAGGGAUCCAGGUUGCCGUGGUGAACAACGAGACCUCCCCCUCCUCUUACAGCCAAUCACUGCUCUCCUUUCUGGACAACUCCAGCGUGGUCCAGGUGAACUUGAACCAUACAGAAGCUUUUGAAGGGAUUUAUAACGGAGAGUACUGGGGCGUCAUCGGCUUCGGGGAGAACUUCACCAGCUACCUGACGAAAAGGAUGAUGUCGCGGCAGGUUUCUAGAGAAGUGCUCGAUGGAGGAUCAAUACACGUCUGGCUGGACCUGACAAAUCAACAAAUUGCACUGAUGCUGCAGAAAAAAGUUUACGAAGCCUUUCAGUCUUUUGUGGAUUAUAAAUUGGGCAGUAUGUCGUACAUGGUCGCGCUACCAAUAAAGAUGGAAGAGCCGAUUUAUGGCAGCCAACACACAGACUUCUCCACUUUUGUGACGCCCGGAGCUGUUCUCAGUAUCACCUUCUUCCUGGCUGUGGGUCUGACGGCGCUCUCCUUCGUCAUCGAGAGGAAGGAGGGGCUCAUGGACCGCUGCUGGGUCGCAGGUGUGAGCUCUCUGGAGACGAUGCUGGCUCACCUCUUCUCUCAGCUGUUCGUCAUCAGCGUUCAGAUCCUCCUGCUGCUGCUCUUCAUCCUGCUCGUCUUCAAGAUGCCUAACGAAGGGUCCCUGUUUCUGGUGAUAGUUCUGAUCGUUCUGCAGGGCGUCACCGGCAUCUCCUUCGGCCUCGUCAUCUCCGCCGCCAUCGACGACGAGCAGAACGCCAAACCAGGGCCGCCCUCGGCAUCUUCUAUACCCAACCUCAUCCUCAGCGGUAUCAUCUGGCCGGUGGAGUGUAUCCCGUAUCCGCUCCGCUACCUCAGCCUCGCUCUGCCUCAGACCUACGCCUCCGAAGCCCUUCGCUGUAUCAUGUACCGAGGGUGGGGUCUCACUCGGAUGAUGGUGUGGCGAGGCUUUGCGGUCACGCUGGGCUGGAACACCUUCUUCCUCAUCCUCGCCACCGUCAUCUUAAGGCUGAGGUCGUGAAGGCCUCCUCCCUGAAAACAUCGUCCACCGAGGGGACAGAGACAACAGGAGGAGCCCGGGAACAACCCACCUGUGUGGGGAGGAAGUGGAGGCAGCAGAGGGGUCACUGAGGUGAAAGGGACUCCAUCGGUCCCCCUCCUCCAUAUGUUCUGUCUCACACACAGAAAACACACACAUCAGAGCUGCUGAUCCUGCAACAGUUGCGUUGGCCUGCGGGAGGGAGAUGGCAAGCUGCACGUAUAAGUGCACAAGUUAAAUAUCUACCGGCACAAUAAAAUGAAUAUUUAAUGUAAAUAAGAUUAUUAAUCCUAUAGUUUGUUUCCCUUCUACGUGCAGCUUGUUGGAACUUCCCCCCCCCCCAACAAUGGGCCAUGAACCGACUCAGGGUCGCUUUUUUAUUUUAUUUUGCCUUCGCUCUUGAUGCUAACAGAGAGACUUGCUGGUGAAUACACUCUAAGAUUAUGGUUUGCCGUACAGUAUUGGUUGCCUGCCUUAUAUUUGCAUUAUAGAGGAAUUGUGUAUGUAAAUGUGAGAAGGAGUCGCAGCACAAACACAACAAGUUAAAUAUUCUCUGUUUGCUUUACCAGAAGGACAUUUGAGGAGAGGAUUGUUGUAGCGUCAUGUUUCAAAGUGCUGAUCGCUUCAUAUUGUGCAGCAAAGUCUCCCCGCUCAUCCACAGCAGCCGUAUCUUGUCUUGUUUCAUUUUAAGUCAGAUUUCCGUGUGUCCUGCAAAUCCUGUUCAUGCAUCACCAGGUGCUCAGCUGAAGUUUAGUUUGGUGGUUUUCUCUAUAACUUGUGUUCUGUGCCUGAAAGAAGGGGUGGUUUGAUGUUGCUGUUGUAUAUUUGUUGUAUCUCCACUUUGCUGGACAGAGUGGACUCAAAGGUCAGGUUGACGCCUCCUGCUUAUCUGCAAAAUAUGUUGUGUUUUUUUACACCCUCAAGUCUCAAACUGAUCAUGCUUUUUGACAGUUUUGACCACCAACAAACAAUUAAAAGAGUAAAAGCACACAGGCUGUUUUGGAUUUUGAAGAGGCUGGGAUGUUGCCUCCUUAAAGGAAUCAAAAAAUGAGGAAUACAUAUAAAAUCUAAAUAUCACAAGGAUAUUUUAAACCUGUGGUUCAGUCAUACUUGCCAACCUUGAGACCUCAGAAAUCGGGAGCAUUUCCAAAACCACCGCGGGGGGGGGGGGGG